AGCCAUGGAGCGGCAGAGCAACAGACCUACAUGGAGCAGGCAGAUAGAGUUCACCCUCGCGGGCAUCGGCUGCGCCGUGGGUCUGGGCAACGUUUGGAGGUUUCCUUAUCUCUGCUACAGGAGUGGAGGAGGUGCCUUCCUGGUGCCGUACCUGCUCAUGCUGGUUGUGUUGGGGAUCCCUCUGCUGUACAUGGAGCUGACUGUGGGUCAGUACACGAGGAGAGGGCCCGUCCACGCUCUGGCUAAUGUCUGCCCGCUCUUAAAAGGAGUGGGCAUCGCAUCAGUGGCCAUCUCCUUCAUCAUGUGCACCUACUACAACAUCGUCAUCACCUGGGCUCUCUAUUACCUCUUCAGCUCCUUCCAGGCGCCGCUGCCCUGGCAGAGCUGCAACAACACCUGGAACACACCCAACUGCACCAAUCACGCCACCAACAGCAGCUUCUCCUCCACAGCCAGCCAGGAGUUCUUCAAAUAUAAGAUGCUGGAGCAGAUGAGUGGCGUCGAGGACGCAGGAGUUCUCCGCUGGGACCUUUUCCUCAUUCUCCUGCUGGCUUGGAUUCUCAUUUAUUUCUGCAUCUUUAAAGGGGUGAAAUCAACGGGCAAGGUGGUGUACUUCACGGCUCUGUUUCCGUAUGUCAUCCUGAUCGCCCUGCUGAUCAAUAACGCCCAGCUUCCAGGAGCCAUGGACGGGAUAAAGUUCUUUAUCAUCCCCCAAUGGGACAAGCUGCUCUCAGUGGAGGUAAGACAGACAAGACAGAGGACAAGAGGAACUUCUGUCUGAAAAAAGAGAGCGGUAAAUCACG